UCAUACUUUUUUACAAUUUUUUUAACGACUGAAGAAAAACACAAUUGGUACCUACACUACAAUGCAGAAAACAGAAACAGACAGAGAAGCUUGCGUUGCGCUUUUGCUUGGAGUUGCACAGCGCGGCAAAUUAUUAGAUUAAAUCGAGACUCGUUAACGACGUGAAAAUAUAAAAUUAUGUGGAUCAAUUUGUAAAGAGAAUUGUGUAUACGAGACUUGCUUACGUGUGAUGAUUGGAAAUACCUACUUUUAGCAUGAAUUAAGAAACUUAGAUACGUACCAACUUGCAUUUUCCACAUAAUCCGUGGACAUAAAAAUUGCAUCAAGAUGGCGCUAAAACAAGAAACUGUAGCUGCUAUAGCUCCGUCAUUGCAUGAGAAGUACAGGCCUGAAGGGGUCCCGCCUUUAGCUACAGAAGAUUUCGAUGAUGUGGAUGAAUUUGAGGAUGCCGCCGAGGAGCACACCGUUUAUACUAUGGAUCUCAACACUGCACUGGAUGAAUGUGAAGUGGCUAUUCGGAAGUUCUUUAGCAAUGAUCUGGUCGGUGCGAUGAAUAUCAUGAAGCCUUGGGCACAGUCGUCGUUAUACCAUAGUCUGGGCACGGCAAUAUUUGAAUUCAUCCCUGCCAUGCUAACAUUCGACCACGCACAAAUCAAUAGAGCCCUGGCAGCUCUCAAAGUUUGCAUUACAAUAUGCAAUCAACAACGAAGAAAUUAUACGCUUGUUGAGAGUCUGGGCACUAUUAUUAAGAAGACGGACUACAGCAUGUACACUGACAACGAGGCGCAUGCAGAGUUGUGUUACGCUGAAGCUUUGCUGCUCCAAGCGGCCAUGACCAUCAUGGAGGGAGAGGAUCUCACGGGCCUUAUCAAAGGCACCAUCAAAGUCAAGAGCUGCUACAAUAGCUACAAGGACUGUGCAAAAAUCCUGGAGAAGAAACAGUGGGAGAGCGAAGAAGCUAAAGUGCAUUUUCAUAGUGGGGUUCGACUUGGCACCGCCACUUUCAACGUAAUGAUCUCACUGCUGCCCCCUAAGAUCAUCAGCCUACUCGAGUUUGUUGGCUUUUCCGGGAAUAAAACGCUCGGCUUAUCAGAAUUAGAAGCAGGAUCCAGGUCGCCGGGCAUUCGGUCCGUUCUCUGUGAUCUGACACUAUUGGGAUACCACCUCGUAAUAUGCCACUUCAUCGGCGCCCCCGGAGACUUGAGCAUCUGCGAUGAAAUUCUAUACAAAGAGCUGAAGAUCUACCCGGAGAGCGUCUGGUUCCUGGUAUUCAAGGGGCGGCUGGAGUUGCUUCGCGGCCAGUUCCGGCCGGCCAUCGAGACUUACAACCGGGCCAUCGUCAGCCAGGACACGUGGCGGCAGUUCCGACACGUCUGCUACUGGGAGAUCAUGUGGGUCAACGGGUUGAUGAUGGAGUGGCGCGAAGCUGCAGUGUACGCGCACAAACUGAUAGAAGACAGUUCGUGGUCCCGUACCAUAUACUCGUACACCAAAGCAGCCAUGCUCCUUCAACUAGGAGACAGGUUGACGGCCGCCGAACGACAACAGUGCCAAGAAUUGCUGAGGAAUGCAUCAUUCUACAAGCAACGGAUUGCGGGCAAGUCUCUGCCGAUGGAGAAGUUCAUGAUUCGCCGCUGCGCGCGCUACCAAGCUCAAGGGGGACAGCUCAUACUCCCGGCUAUAGAACUACUAUGUUUGUGGAACAUGUUCAACAUACUGGCCAAGAACAAAAACGGCGUACAAAAUGUCCUGAAGCUUAUAGAAGUGACGCGAGAUCGCCUCGAGGCGGGGCCGCAGGAGUGGAUGGCGGGCUACGACGCGGACAACCGCGCCUUGCUGCGCUACUUGCACGGCUGCUGCCUCGCCGCCAUGCUCCUGCCGCGCCUCGCUCUCGAUACCCUGCAGUCGGUGCUACAGUUGAAAAACGACAUAAAGGAGGACACAUUCCUAUUGCCGUAUACAAUGGCGGAGAUGGCAAUGUGCCAUUUCCACCUUGGUGACCGGGAGAAGGCCACGCAGAUGUUACAAGAUGCAAGAAAGAAGUAUUCCGGAUACGCGUUGGAAUCCCGACUACACUUCAGAUUGCAUUCCAAGAUGCAGAUCGUAAAAGGGAACGGUAACGGAAAGGGUGCUUCGAGCAAAGGUGCUCAGAGUUGAAAGGUUCUUAGUAAACGUCAAUAUACUCUAGCUUAUAAUCAAGAUGCAAGCCAAGCUUCAUUAUUUACUGCAUGACCGUAUCUUAUUUAACUAAAAUCUAAGAGAAGAAAAUCUAAUCUAAGAAAAGGGUCAUUUUAUAUGCUAUCUGUUUAAAAGUCUUGACUAUGACGCGACGCGACUGUAAUUUAUUUUAUUUUGUUUUAUCUUGGUUAUGCGUUAAGAAUUCAAAAGCGUGAUUGCAGUGGUAGAGUUGCCAUCUAGACCUUGUAAAUUUAUUUAUUUGUUAUUUAACAAAAGCACAUGAAAUAUGCUAUUAAAGUUACAUGACAUUUAAAUUCUGGAAAAAUCGAUUUAUUUGUACGUUACUUAAUUGUCUGGAAAAUAAACCUCAACUUUAAUUUUUUUUACCACGAUAUUUUGGAUGGCCCCAUAAAACAAAUAUAAUUUUGCUUCGAUUUCCAUAUUUAUUUAUAUUUAAGAGUUAUUCAGGGAUAGUUUUGCUAGCUAUAUGUGUCAAUGGAGAUUUUGUAAAUUUUCGUAAUAUGUUGAUUUAUGAUUGUAACAACUAUGUAGUGCAUGUUAGUCAUCUUCAUCAGCAAUCUAAGUACAAAUCAUUCUGAUCGAGACAAGUUCAAAUUCGAAUAUUACUAAUAAUACUUAAUAAAGUACAACAAUAAUUUAGACAUUGUUUUUUUACUUAUUUAACUAGUUUGAUAGAUAGGAAAUUGAGAGUCUAUCUAGAGUAAAUUAGAUACAUAAGUUUCAGCAAAAGAGUGAUCUUUCAAUAUCGUGUUUUAGUUCCCACCGUUAUCCGAUCGCAUUCAAGAAAAUUUACAACUAUGAAACAUAUAAAAUAUCAAAUUAGUUCUAUGCUGUAUACGAGCUCAUCCCUAAUCAUGAAUAAUUGAUCGUCUGGCGUUAAUUCCGCCAUCAUCUCUUUUGAGCCGAACCAAGGUUAUAUGGCGAAUGCCUAUGACCACGAUACUGGAGUAGAUAAGUCAGGUUUUAACACGAAAUGACUUAGAACAUUACUCGGAAGAAUUAUGUUGCAACUAUUGUAGCAUCCUCAUAUAGGUACUAAAUUUAAAAAAAUCCAAUCAAUAUACCUUUAUUAAACUCUUCGCUACAAAGUGUCUACAGACAACGUAACGCAGGAUUUUCCGAAAGUCCCUCGGGAGCAGAUGUAAAUGGGAUUUUUGUUAGUAAUGCGAUACGCGGGCGCUCUCUUGUUUAAUAUGAAAGAAAUAGUAGAAUAGUAUAAUAUAUAGAUUGUGUAUAUUGGGCCUUUAAGUCUUGUGACUUUUGGCUCUAUUUACCCCGUAAGACGUGAUGUGUGUAUAUACUACACAUACACUUGUUUAUAUGUUCAGAUGUAUACACCUAAAAUAUUAUGUUACUAUUAGUUUAAGAUAUUGCUUCGAAAGCAUACGUGUUUUUUCGCAUGAAUAAAUCUAAUAUUAAUAAUUAUUAAGAGGAGGUGGAUUUAUAGGUGUAAAAAUGUUUCUUUUCCAUAAUAGUUAUAAUCUUUAAAAGAUAUUUAUAACAUAUACCUACAUAAUGUUGAAAUUGGUUAAUAAAUAAAAUAUUAAAUACCUACAUAAUGUUGUAAGAAUUUUAGAACCACAGCUAAUAUAUAAAUAUCUUACUAAAUAUGUGUAGAACAGAUUUUUUGUGUGUUUAUCUUUAUAGUUGAACUAUCACAAACUCUUUUAUGUUGAUUUUUAUGUAUUUAUAUUUGCUAAAUAAAAAUAUUAUACUCUACUAUACUAAGUACUUAUUAGUUAAUGAGAUUUAGGACAAUAUUUUUCGAAAAUAUUGUGAAAACGGAAAAAUUUAUAAAUUAUUGGUUUUUAACUUAUUGAUAGAGGCUCUGUAAUAGAAAUAAAUACUAGUAGCCAAAUUUUUCAAAAAUUUGUGAUAAAUUUAAUUCAAAUUGAAAACUAUACGAAAAACUAAGUAUAGUGAAAAUGAUUUUUAAUUUUAAUGAACAUUAAGAGGUUUUAUUUAUCUGUUAUUUGCGUACGUUUAGGCAUUUUAUUUAUUUAAUGAGAACAAUAUAUGUAAUGUGAGCGAGAAUGUACAAAAUUGUUACUAUUUGUCCAAAAAAGUAUUAUUUUUUUGUUAUUUAUCAACCAAUUAACUUCGUGUUGUUACUAAAUGAUGCAUUUUUAUCUUUAUAAUUAUACAUCUUACUUUGGGCUUGCUCAAUCUGUGUUAUUACUCCUUAAAUAUUAAUAACACUAAAUAAGAUUCGUGAAUUUUUAGCUUGAAUGAAAUUUUAGAAAAAUGUAUAACGAACUUGAUAAGCAGUGAAUAAAUAUAUAAAUAUUAUAUGGUAAAAAUAUGAAUAAAUUUUGAAUAAAAAAAAUAUUUGUUGAAAAGAUAUUUGAUGAAUUCCUACAAGAGAUUGUUGCCGCACCUUGUAAGAAAUGUAAAGUAAGUUGACCUGAAAUUUAAGAUUCAGCGUAUUCACUUCCAUUUAUGUAUUAUGAAAUACUGUGAACAUACAGACUUAAUCAAAUCAUAAUAAUUGCCAAUAUUUAAACUAACAGUCAUACUACUAACUUUCAUUGUAUUGUCUGUAAUUAUAUUUUUGUAACUUAAUGGAUAUUAAAUAAA